GAUGCUCCACUCAAAACAACGCGCCGAAGCAACAUCGUUCAGUCAGCGGGUCUGCUGUGGGAGAGAGCGGGCGGCGAGCGGGCUGAAGGAGGGCGAACUGAACCUGUGAUUCUCUAAGGUUUGGCACCAGAUGAAUAAGCAAGGCAUUUCAAGGUCCUCAAAGCUGAUGUGAUGUCAUCAAGUGCAUUGCCCUGUUAAGAAACGAACAAAUACAGCUCAGUUCUUUAACAGUAUCUUGGAGCAGAAAUGGAAAGAAUGUAAGAUAAGGUUGUGAUUCUGCACUCCAUCCAAACUGUAAACUUUGAAAGCCUAGGUACAGGCAAGCGAGGGAACAAGACCUUUGAUGGAUCCAGGGUUAUCGCGGAGCUUUUGAGAGAGAAGCUCAGACUUAUCAAACAUGAAUGUGCAAGGAAAGAUACAAGCCGGUGAGGACAACCAACAAGAAGAAAUACAAAACGACGACAAGCAGCCUUUGCUAGAAACGGUGGAAGACGCCAACGCCAAUCAAAUCACCAAAGGGAACAUUUAUUCAGAUGACAGAGAGCAUGGCAGCCCACUACCCCCUCUGGUGUCGCACUCCGAAGCCCAGGAGAGGAUCAUUAUCUGGGGAACACAUGCUCGGAGUGAAGACCCUGAGCUCGAGGAAUUUGAACUGCUAGAGUGUCAAGAGCUAGAAACAUUUGUUGUAGAAGCAGAACAGGUAGACAUGCAGAGUAAAAGAAGCAGCAAGGAAGCAAAGUACCUAAGUGACAAAGAGUUGUCAUCUACAGCCAUCAACACCACUGUUGGCUCCUCUUGGAAGGACCACAAUGAAAAUGAGAACUCUCAGCCCCUUGACCUCAGGACCUCCAGCUCUCGCUCUGGUGCAAACCGGACCCUGAGAGAUGCACGAAGUGGUUCUGAGAGCAAUGUGUUUUCAUCUUCUCUUUCUGCAGUGACCAGCCUCAGUGGAAGUUUAGCCAGCGCCCUGGACAGUGCAGGCCGCACACAGCCUCUCUCUUCCCAAUCCACCAAGUCUACCUCAGGCAAAGGCAGGAACCAGCAACCAGCUACUACCGAGUCCUACAUCCACUCAGAGAGAAACAGGGAGCUUCCCAGGGAUUUGGACCAAAACCAUAACUCUACCACACUGCCUCAGGAACCACAAUAUGACAGAAGUAAGCUACUAUAUCCUUCAAAUGCAGCAGCAAAGCUGCAGAAAUUCCAAAUGGAAGCAGAGCAGAAUGCUGGGAAAAGGAUGUCAACCGAGGUGCCGAAAGGUAUGGUGAGGGUGCUACCUUCUUGUCGGCAACUAGUCCGCCCUCUUUCUACUGAAAAACGACUAACCUCAGGAUACCCCAGCUUAGACACCCAGGCAGACCAGCAACAAUCCCACUCCUCAGAGACAGGUCAGAGCCAUCCACAAGUGUUUCCGGCUACAGAAGUCAACAGCAAUCCCAACACAGACUCACCUCCCAACCAGACCUUCACCCGAGAAUCCCAACGCUUGAAGAGGCAAAGCUCAGCAGAUCGUGCAGCAAGUCCCUCCAGCCUAGAAAGAAAGACUCACUUCAGCCGGCGGGCCUACAGCAGUCCGACUAGACCUUCGACACCUCCAUCUCCCAAGACCACAAGGUCUCCUCAAAGACAGCCUCCUUCCUCACCCAUCAAGACUUUACCUUCUCGAGCUCCUCAGUUGGGUUAUGCUGGGUACAGCUCAGGCUUAAGAGCCCCAGUUAAAACCAAUAUCAGCACAAGCAUCCACAAAACUCCUCCACAGCAGGCUUCAAUGGAGACCUCCCCUCCAAGCAAGUGCCUGCCAAAACCGAAAAGCGUCCGGCCCAAAAUCAUUACGUACAUUCGGAAGACCCCACAGGUGAAACCCCAGCCUCUUGAGGGAACUUAUGAGGCGUCGUCCUUACCCACGAGACUCUCAACAUACAGCAGCACACAGGCCAAACCAGCGGUUGGAGAUCAAGGAGAAGCUACUGUGCUGAGUGCCUCAAAUUUACUUUAUGAUAAAUAUCGACAAGAGAUGCAGAAGGUCCGGUUCUUCUCACCUGGACUCAUGGUGUCUGGGAUUAAGCCUCCAAGCAACACCAUGCCCCAUAAAAUGGCAGGGAGAGCAGACAGCUUCUAUGGGUCUCUCAACAAGCCUCUGUCUGCAGUGGCAGGCAGAUCUCCAGUAGCCCUAGGGUCUCCAGUGUCUGGAGUUGAGGACCCUUCUGGACCCCCAAUGGGAGCACAGGAUACGGGAAGUCUUUUUCGUCCACCACGGGGCCUAAGACCCCAGCUUGGUGUUGGUGCUGUAAACAGGACUCCUUCUGCAGCUACCAAGAAUAGGAUGGUCCUAACAUGCCAAUCAAAAUCACCACUGACCCUCAGUCAACCAAUGCAGGCAGUAAACCCGACCACUCAAACCCCUCAGGAACCCCAAGAUCAGAGAAAGCCAGUGGCGACUGGGUUAGCCGCUAAAUCCCUCCUGCCGAAGCCAGCUCAGUCUGCCCUGCGUCCUCCCGGUUACUCGCGCCUCCCGCCGACUCGCCUGGCCGCCUUUGGGUUUGUUCGAAGCUCUAGUGUCUCCUCCGUGUCCAGUAACCACUCAACUGACAGCACACGGAGUGACCCCUGCCGACCCACCCACCGUCCCAGCAGUGUAAGUGAUGAGCCGCCACCACUUCACCGUGUCACCACGUCGCCUCCCGGAGAUGGAUCCAGAGCCCCGUGCCGCAGCACGCCUCAACCACCCAAUACUCCUGCACCCACACGCCGCUCCCUGCUGCCUCCUCCACGGAGCUCCCCUGUGGCAUCCCGUAAGGAAUUCCAGAAGACUUCUGACGGCACCCGUUCAUCCCUCUCCUCCCCUAAGAGACUCGCUGUAGUGUCUCCUAAACCGCAGUCUCCAGUCCUUCAGAGGCAACAGAGGGCAACGGUAGCCGUCCGAGGGUCAAGCAUGCAGAUUUUGCCUCGUACUGGCUCUCCGGGCCCAGAGAAGAAAAAAGAAGAAGAGCAGAAGAAAGAAAAAGAGCGAGAGGAGGUAGAGAGGCAUGAAGAGAUACAGCUCUUGCAGGGUCGCUGUGAAGAACAAGCCAGGCAACUGCAGGCUCUUCAGGCAGAGCUAAAGAAAACCAGCAUGAGUCUGGAGGUCUUUGUGAUCUGCACUCAGCACUUCUCCCUCAAGAGUGAAAGUGCUGAGGAGAAGGAGAGAGAGUUGACCCAGGAACUCAGUCGGAUUCAUCAUGAAGUGGCCUUUAACGCAGCUCGCUGGGAUCGUCUUCAGAAGGAGAAGAGAGAGCUGGAGGAGUGUUUUGAGAGGGAGCUGAGAGAGUUACAGGUACAGCAGGAGUCUGAACUCGCUACCUUAGAGGAGAACCUGAGAUUACGGCACGCUUCUGACAGAGACCAUCUCAGAGCAGAGCACCAGUCAGAGGUGGAGGAGCUGCGCACACAGCACCAGGAACAGAUCGAAGAGUUGACUGCCAACCAUGAGGCCGCCCUUGAAGACCUGAAGACCAUGCACAACAUCACAAUGGCGACACUGCAGGAAGAGCAUGCCAGGACCAUGAGAGACUUAAGGAAAGCCCAUGAACAGCAAAAGGCCAGUCUAGAAGAGGACUUUGAGAAACUGCGCCUCUCACUUCAGGACCAGGUGGACACUUUGACUUUCCAGAACCGGACUCUGAAAGACAAAGCCAAGCGUUUUGAAGAAGCUCUGAGGAAGAGCUCUGAUGAACAGAUUGUGGAUGCGCUGGCCCCGUAUCAACAUAUUGAGGAGGAUCUGAAGAGUCUGAAAGAGGUUCUUGAGAUGAAGAACCAGCAAAUUCAUGACCAGGAGAAGAAGAUCUGUCAUCUGGAGAAAGUGCAGGCCCAAAAGAACCUGUAUCUGGAAGAGCGGGUCCAGGUGCUUCAGCAGCAGAAUGAAGACCUGAUGGCCCGCAUUGACCGCCAUCUCACAGUGUCAAGACAACUAUCUGAGGAGAACGCAAACCUUCAGGAGUAUGUGGAAAAGGAGACCAACGAGAAGAAACGGCUGAGUCGCAACAAUGAAGAGCUCCUCUGGCUCCUCCAGACGAGUCCCCAUCUGUCGCCUUCCUCUUCUCCCAUUCACAGAGCCUUCUUCCCCGGCCCUGAUAUUCCUCCUUACUCUUACUCUCCAGGUCCUGGGACCCCCACACACUCCUGUUCUCCUGGCCCCUGUACGCCUACUCACAAGGUGGCGUCUCCGGCACCAGGGACGCCCACUCUCAGAGGCUCACCAGCAGCACGCUCGUCCCCUGCCCGGAUCCCAAAUGCCAACACUUUACCAAGAUGAGCUGUUUUACAGCCAUAUCGCGCAUUUUUCCAUCACUGUCCAUUGUGACAGCAGCGCUUCGUUUUGGUGUGCAGACGAUCCAUGUUUUUCCUAGAAGAACAUGUCAGGUUUAUUAAGAUUUUGUCAACCCAGUGGCCAGACAGCCUCUGUCAUUUCCAUUUGUUGACUUUGAGACGCAAAAAAGUUUUUUUUUGUCUCAGAGGAUCUGACUUUGUAAACGCAUAGCAUCAGAAUGAAAGAGCUAAUGAUGCUAAUGCUUAUGCCUAUGAUGUGCUGCCAACAAUGCUUGGUCUGCAUGGAGGCAAGACCGUUUUUGUGUACACAGAAGUAGCUCGAAUUUAGAUUAGACUCUAAAACAUGCUGUUGGACUCCAACACAAAUGUCUGUAGUUUCUUCUGAAUGACAUACGAGAAUUUUAUACAACAAAAAGCACUUUAGGUUUCUGCCCUACCUUCUUCCUACAGAUAAAUGCACCAGCAUUUUUUGUGGUCUGGUUUAUUUUUUUAUGCGAUACGUCUUCUGAUUUUACAAAUCUCCCAAGUUUUGAUUCAGAAUGUCUCAAAAUAGUCAAGAUAUACACUACCUGUCAAAAGUUUUUGAACAGUAAGAUUUUUUUAAGUCUCUUCUGCUCACCAAGCCUGCAUUUAUUUGAUCCAAAAUACAGCAAAAGCUGUAGUAUUGUGAAAUAUUUGUGCUAUUUAAAAUAACUGCUUUCUAUUUGAAUAUAUUUUAAAAUGUAAUUUAUUCCUGUGAUUUCAAAGCUGAAUUUUUAGUAUCAUUACUCCAGUCUUCAGUGUCAUGUGGUACUUUAGAGAUCAUACUCAUAUGCUGAUUUGCUGUUCAAGAAACAUUUUUUUUAUUAUUGUUAUUAUUAAUAUUUAAAACAGUUGGCGUCAGUAUAAUUUUUUUUUUUUUUGGGCGGGGGGGGAUAUUAGAAAUUAAUACCUUUUUUUAGCAAGGACGCUUUAAAUUGAUCAAAAGUGAUGCUAAAAGACAUUUAUAGUGUUACAAAAGAUUUCUAUUUCAGAUAAAUGUUGUUCUUCUGAACUUUAUUCAUCAAAGAAACCUGAAAAAAUUCUACUCAGCUGUUUUCAACAUAAUAAUAAUAAUAAUAAUAAAUGAUUUUUUUGCAGCAAAUCAGAAUAUUAGAAUGAUUUCUAAUGGAUCAUGUGACUGGAGUAAUGAUGCUAAAAAUUCAUCUUUGAAAGCACAGGAAUAAAUUAUUUCAAAAUAUAUUUAAAUAGAAAACAGUUACUUUAAAUAGUAAAAAUAUUUCAAAAUUGUAUUGUUUUUGCUGUAUUUUGGAUCAAAUAAAUGCAGGCUUGGUGAGCAGAAGAGACUUUAAAAACAUUAAAAAUCUUACUGUUCAAAAACUUUUGACUGGGAGUAUAUAUGCUGCAAAAUAUCAUUUUCUUAAUUUUUUCUUACAGUAAAAGUAUCAACAUAUUUUUAAACAAAUUGAGCAAAAUCACUUAAAAUAUUAUGACUUGUGUCCAUUUAUUUAUUUAUUUCUAUUCUGAUUUUUAUUAUUAUUAUUUCUUUUUUUUUUAAGCAUAACUUACAUGGCAGUGGUGUAAAUAUAUAUAUAUAUAUAUAUAUAUAUACUACCAUUCAAAAGUUUAGGGUUGGUAAGAUUUUUUAAAUGUUUUUAGAAGUCUUUUAUGCUAACCAAGGAUGAAUUUAUUUGAUAAAAACAAAUAAAAACAGUAAUAUUGUGAAAUAUUAUUACAAUUUAAAAUAACCGUUUUCUUAAUAUAUUUUAAAAUGUAAUUUAUUGCCAUGUAAAAGCAGUCAUUACUCCAGUCUUCAGUGACACACUACAUAUAUAUAUAUAUAUAUAAUUGUAGGUGUAAGCAAAAUUGCUUAUUAAGAAAAUGAUUUUUUUGCAGUAUAAAGGCCUAUUCACAUUGUCUUAACAAACUGCAGUUACAGUAUGUUUCCCGGACCCUUCAAAAGACCAACCCAGCUAAUAGCAAAACCAGCUUUUUCAAGACAAGCGUUUCUACUUUAAAAGAUCAGAAUGCUGACAUGAAAUGAAACCUUCGCUGGCACAGAUUUAUUGUGCCAGACUGUACCAGUUACUUGGUUAACAACUUCAAAAACUCUUCAGCAUCAAGUCUGUUCUUCCUGUUCUUCCUAACUUAUCUGACAAAAGCAAGUGCUCUCACUUCAUGCAUGACAUAAAACAGGGAGAUCAAGCAAAUGUAUAGGUACCGACUACAGGCAAUGUUGUAAAUUGUAGUUGUAAUUUUUAUCAGUACUUUGUAAUUUAAUGGACAUUUUGCUACUCGAUGUGCAUGUGUUGUAAGUCUUCCAUUCUUAAUGUGAAUCCAACUAGGAUAGUUGUCAUGUUAGCUUAGAUACUCCUAAUAGCUUCCACCUCUGAGUUUUUUUUAAAUGUUUGAGGACAAUAUUUUACCCGUAAUUAAUAGGACAGGACUUUCUUAAUCAAUUCCACCUCAUGUCACACCUGUCAGAGGUGUGUUGCAGGUUUGUUAUAGAUGUGGAAAGUUUUACGGAGGUACAAUAUGGCAGUUAGACGUAACUUUAUUGUAAUGCUGGUUAACUCUUGUAUUACCUCUGUAGAGUGUAGCAUAACCUAGAGAGAGAUUUCUCUGUAUGAGUGAAGUAGAAAAGAAUGUAACUGUAUCUUUAAAAUGUUGUAUGAUAAAGUUCAGGGAAAUUAUUUUGCUCUGUCAUAAAGGCAGUUCUCCGUUUUCCAGUAAAACAUGCUUUUUAUUUAUUUAUCUAUUUAUUUUUGAAGAAAACUAAGAACACAUUCCUCUUGCAAAGUGGGUUUUGAUAUUUCAAAACAAAGAGGCCGUUUCUUUGCAUUUUUGAAAAUUUGGAUUUUUUUCGUUUGUGUGUUUUUACAAUUGAUACAUCUUUCAAUGGUCGACCUUUGACACUUUUGAUACGAAUGAGACUUUUUGUAAACUCUUCACUGAUAAUAUUUUUUCUAUAAUAUUAUCAGUUGGUGCUUGUACAGGGUAUCACACAGAAGUACAAUAAUCUGCUAUUCAAGACCAGCAAUCGACAAAAAAAUCACACGUACGGAGCGAAGUAUGUAUUUGCAGAUGUUUUUCCUUAUUUGAGACACUAUUGUUUGCUGUUCCAAUUUGUUUUAAUUACUGUGAAAUGUAUUUUUUAUUCUAAUUCUAAUGCAUUUUUAAAUAAUGUAGCUUUACAUUUCAUUUGCUUCUGUCACUGUGAUACGAAUGAUUUGCCGUUGUUUCUUUUUUGCUACUCUGGCACAGAUUUUUGGACGUUUUCUGGAUGUUUCCUGUCAAGCACAAUAAUAAUAUACCACCAUUCAAAAAGCGCCUUUUUCAAAAUAAAACGUUUUUAUUAAACAACAGCAGAUCAUCUUACAUUAGUAACUUGUCUAAAUUCUAAAUACUUUUGAUUCACUACAACAAAUACAUAAAUGUUUCAGGAAUGUGCCUUUAUUUAUUGUGCAAAGUAGCAAAAAUAAUAAAAGUUUUUACAUUAUAGCCAACAACAUUAUAACAAACAAGUAAUAUCCUUCUAAUAUAUGGUUUAAUACGGGAAAGUACACUUAUUUUAUUUAUUAUUUUAUUUUUUAUUUAAAACUUGGUUGAUUUUACUAGCAUUUUUUUCAUAUUCUUUAUUUAUGUUUUUUAAAUUAUUGUCUCAACAAAAAACCUCAGCAACCUCAGUCUGCACCUGCUAUGGUUUAUAACAAAGUACAAAAUUGUUGCUAAUCUACAUUUACUUAAAGGAGUAAUAUGUAUUUAAUGAUAUGCUUAAAAAUCCUUGUUGUUUUUCAACCCUCACUAUGGCAUUAGUCCAUAGAUUAUGAUGAAUGAUUUGAAACAACAGAAUUAAUUUCUGAGAAGCGCUGACUUUUUGUCCUGUGGACAUCUAAACUACUGAAUGUCAACUUACCCCUGAAAAUACUGACAUGGUCAAUGUAAACUGGGAGUGGUGGAGUCACUUAUUGGACUGAAUGAAAUAUGUCCAUCUGUCUAUUUACUAACAUUUGACUUCUAUUAUGUCUUUUUUGACUGGAUUUACAGUCGCUUGUAAGCUAUUUAUUGUGUUGUAGUGCACAGUAAUCGAUGCAUGUUUGUCUUGGCGGAUCAUUUCUUCCCCGUGUACGUUUUCAACUUGUGAUGGUUCACGCUGUAACUGUAGCAUAGAGAAUAUUAUACUAAGGAAUGGAAAGAAUUUAUAUAUAACUCAUUUGUAUUCACUUUGGGGGGUGGGGAUGAAUAUUAAAAUGUUUCAACAGUAAUGUUUUUUUUGCUUGUUUGUGAAUAACAUACCUGUAUAUAAUGGCCCCAACAAUGAUUUGAACACUUAAAAAUAUGA